UUUGACUUUUGUGGCUUUCUAGGAGUUUUCAUGUACAGUACUGUGCAAAUGUCUCAAGAAACAAAUCGGGUUUGUGUGUGUGUGUGUGUUUGAUUUUUACAGCUUUUCGUCUGACAUUUGACACAUGUUGAAGAGGCGCAGUGAAAAUUCAAGGCGAGUUUUACAUUUUUAAAUCUGGAUCAGGGCUAAAAUAGUAAUUGCUUCAACAGCGCCAAUCAAAGUAAGCAUUUGUGUGAUUCCCAAAAACUGCAAUGGCAUCCUCCCAGAUCCGCCUGAAAAUCCUCCCCAACGUCCGCUGUCUCUUUGACAAACUGGUUCAAGUCAAAGUCGAGGGUCUCGCGCCACACAAGCAGGUGGAAUUAAGGUCCAGAUUGGUUGACGACAGAGGGGUGAUUUUCAAAGCUUCCGCCCUCUACCAAGCGGAUGAAAAAGGCCUGGUCGAUGUGAGUAGCACCCCCUCUCUGGGAGGAACUUACACUGGAGUGGAGCCCAUGGGCUUAUGGUGGUCCAUGAGGCCAGAGACCCCGCACAAAAAACUUGUGAAGAAAAACGUCUUGAACCCAACUUUCGUUGAGAUAGCAGUCCACAACGGAGGCACUGGGGAGAAGAUAGCCUCUGAAAUUAAUGAGAGAGAAUAUAUGAUGGAGGGCAUGAAGAGAAUUCCCGUGCGAGACGGACGUGUGCGAGGAGUCCUCUUCAUACCACCAGGAGAGGGUCCGUUUCCAGGAAUUGUAGAUUUAUAUACUUUUGGCGGAGGGCUUAGCGAGCAGCGAGCCAGCCUCUUGGCAAACAAAGGUUUUGUCGUGCUGGCACUGGCCUAUUAUGGCUACCAAGAUUUACCCAAAUAUCCCGAAAACUUGGAUUUGGAAUACUUUGAAGAGGCUGUGAACUGUCUACUGCAUCACCCAAAGGUUGACGGUUCCGGGCUUGGCAUCAUAUCAAUCUCUCAUAGCGGUGCUUUGGCCUUGUCGAUGUCAUCGUUUUUUACAUGCAUCAAAGCAACCGUGUGCAUUAAUGGCUGCAAUGCAAAUACCGUGUUUCCGUUACACUACAAAGACGUUGUUAUACCUCCACUUACCUAUUUUUUGGAGAAUAUUCGAAUGGCAGAAUCUGGGGUCAUCGAUAUAAUUGACGUCACGCCGGACCCAACCGUGGGUGAGAAUCGAGCGUGUUUAAUUCCGAUCCAACGUGCCAACUGCCACUUCCUGUUUGCCGUGUCAGAAGACGACCACAACUGGAAGAGUUGUCUCUUUGCCGAGCAAGCCACUCAAGUGUUGAAAAGUCACGGCAAGGAUUCCUUUCAGGUGGUUUCUUAUCCGAAAGCGGGUCACCUGUUGGAAGUUCCUCACAUGCCGUUUUGUCCGUCUUCUUUCCACGCCGCACUGGGAAAAGCUGUGUUGUUUGGCGGGCAGCCGAAAGCCCACUCGGGGGCUCAGCUGGACCUGUGGGAAAGAGUCCCAGAGUUCUUCAAGAGACACUUGAACAGCACCGGCGCUUAUUAGCAAGUUUGCAAGCAUUACAGGCUGCUGUUAUCUGGAGUCAACCUCAGACUUUUUAAUUAGUUCUCGUGGCUGAUGUGAUGAGGGGCCCCCUGUCAGCCGCGGGCCAUGAGAAAAUUAUAUUUUCACUUUGUCAAUUUUUAACUUUGAAGUGAUGGGCCCAAAAAGAUUUUGUUUUCCAUCACAGGGGCCGCAAACGUCUGGCAAUGC